AUGCAUAAGCAGAAGUUGCGAACGCAGAUUAUGGCAGCACUUCCACCGGAACGCUGCAACUUCGCUCUGCCUUUCACUAUCACAGGUGUCGAUUUUGCUGGGCCUUUUCAGAUAAAGGCGUCCAUGCUAAGGUCUCCCACUCUCAUGAAAGGCUAUGUGGCUGUCUUUGUCUGUUUUACGACAAAAGCAGUACACCUUGAGCUAUGUACCAAUCUGACGACGGAGGCUUUUCUCGCGGCAUUUGCUCGCUUCGUCGGACGACGUGGCUUUCCAUCAAAAAUCAUGAGCGAUAAUGGCAAAACAUUUAUCGGAGCUCAAAGAGCCACAGAAAAACAGUUUGUGGAUUUCUUUAAACAAGUAUCACCUGACAUCGUACAAAAGUACGCCCCCCAAGGUAUCAAUUGGCAAUUUAUACCCCCAAGCGCUCCUCAUAUGGGUGGUUUAUGGGAAUCAGCUGUAAAAAGCUUCAAAUCCCACUUAAAAAAGGUAGCUGGAAACUACAAAUUUAAUUACGAAGAAUUUACAACACUAUUAAAUCGAAUUGAAGCCGUUCUCAAUUCACGGCCACUCACAGUACUAUCGCAAGACCCCUCAGAUUUCACCGCCUUAACUCCAGGGCAUUUUCUAAAGGAGCACCCAUUCUGGCCACACCUGAGCCAGGCGUGGAGUCGCUAUCCUUAUUAA